GUUUGCUUUUUUUGUUAUCUAGACCUCUCUGUGAUAAAAUGAUGGAGCAGCAAAGUGUCCCAGAGCAGGCGGCUGCUGGGAAAAGCCAUGGAGGCUUAGGGGGCACCUUCAAGGUCUCGGUCUAUGAGAUGGAGAACUUCCAAGGAAAGAAGUGUGAUUUCUCCACCGAGUGCCCCAACUUGACUGAGAAUCUGCUGGAGAAAGUGGGCUCCAUUCAGGUGGAGUCUGGCCCGUGGUUGGCAUUUGAACGCUGCGCCUUCCGGGGAGAGCAAUUUGUCCUUGAGAAGGGCGACUACCCCAGGUGGGACGCCUGGUCCAACAGCCAUCACAGCGACAGCCUCCUCUCCCUUAGGCCCCUGCAGAUUGACAGCCCAGAUCACAAAAUCCAUCUGUUUGAGAAUCCCGCGUACAGCGGCCGCAAGAUGGAGAUUGUCGAUGAUGACGUUCCUAGCCUGUGGGCUCACGGCUUCCAGGAUCGGGUGGCCAGCAUCAGAGUUAUCAAUGGAACGUGGGUAGGAUAUGAAUUUCCUGGCUACAGAGGGCGUCAGUAUGUCUUCGAGCGAGGAGAGUACCGUCACUGGAACGAGUGGGAUGCCAACCAACCCCAAAUCCAGUCCGUCCGGCGCAUCCGUGAUCGCAAGUGGCACAAACGCGGCUGCUUCCUGAGUAGCUGAAGGAGACCUAAGGCCUCCCAUCCUCCACCCCCCCACGGCAGCUGGCCCACCAAGAAGAGGAAGCUCUAGGGCUUUCCAAGGUGGGGUCCCCCAGCCUGACCAGCUCCAAUUUGCCUCAGAACCUCCUCAAUAAAGUAGUGGGAUUCGCAGGUCCCAUCAC